AUGGCGCCCACCCAGGUGCACCACCACCGCUCUACCACCAAGGUUUCCCACAAGCCUUACAAGAGCAAGCAUGCCUCCAAGAGUGCUCUGAAGGAGAAGGCUAAGGCUCGCCAGAGACAACAAUUGAAGCACCAGGAGAAGGCCCAGGCCAACAGCGUUUUCACCGGUCAAAAUGGUGCUCCUCGCCACGUCGCUGUUGUGCCAUUGUCCGCUCAGAUCGAUGCCACGGCUGCCAUCAGCGCGCUGAACGAGAGCGUCGAUGUUUCCACUGCAGUUUCGCCCGACAGCGUCACCCGUGUGCGCAUCGACCGUUUUCGCCAAAGUCUUCUUUACAUUCCAUCCAAAUUCGACCUUUUGCACGCUUUAGAUGUAUGCCGUAUGGCCGAUUUCGUUGUUCUGGUCAUGUCCGCCGAGGACAUGCUGGAAGAAGAUGCCGAGCUUUUGUUGCGCUCGAUUGAAAGCCAGGGUAUCUCCAAUGUUAUCACUGUUGUCCAGGGUCUGGACCAGGUGAACCCUGUCAAGAAGCGCUCCCAAGUUGCUGCUUCUCUCAAGUCUUACAUCAACCACUUCUUCCCCGCCGUUGAGAAGGUUAUGUCCCUGGACUCGCGACAGGAAUGCUCUAACGCUAUCCGCUCACUUUGCACUGCGACACCUAAGGGUAUCCGCUGGCGUGAUGAGCGCAGCUGGAUGUUCAUCGAAAAUGUCCAGUGGCCAGAAGUCAACGCGGAAGUGGUAGACGAUGUUGUCAUUACCGGUGUUGUGCGUGGAAUGGGAUUGAAGGCGGACCGAAUCACUCAUAUCCCCGGCUGGGGCGAUUUCCAGAUCGCUUCAAUUACUGCUGCUCCUUUGCUCGCCACUAAGAGCAAGCGUGAUGAUGAUAUGAACGUUGACACCGACGAGACUGUUCAAGUCCUGGAUGGACCCACUGCCGAUCAGGAUGAUAUGGCUACUGUGGCGCCAGAGGAAAUUGAGAUGGAGGACCACGAUGACGACAUGCACUCUUUAGCCGAAACUGAGCGUAAGGGUGUCUUGCUUGAUGAUCACCACUACUUCUCAGACGAUGAUUCACACAUUCCCGAAAAGCCUAAGCGCUUGCCGAAGGGUACCUCUGAAUACCAGUCUGCUUGGUAUCUUGAAGAUGUUUCCGACUCUGGCUCUGACAUCGAUGACGGAGAGGAGGAUGAGGAGAUGGAGAUGGAUACAACCGGUGCCCCCGAGGAUGGUAUCUUCCCUGACAAUGCAGAUGCUAUGACCGAGGGUGGACCCUCCGAGUACCCUCAAUCAGAGAUGUUCCUUGACCCAUCGCCAGAGGAUGAGGCCCAACAACUUGCAGAUUACCGUGCCAGUCGCCGGACUGAGGCCGAAGAAGACCUUGAGUUCCCCGAUGAAAUUGAGUUGCACCCCAAUGUCCUGGCUAGAGAGCGUCUGGCCCGUUUCCGUGGUCUUAAGAACCUCAAGCUUAGUCCCUGGGAGACAUCUGAGGAUCGCCCCUUCGAGCCUGAGGAUUGGCGGAGACUGCUGCAGUUUGGUGACUACAAGGGUACCAAGAACCGUGUCACCCGUGAGGCUCUUGUCGGCGGUGUUAACCCGGGUAUCCGCGUUGAUGUCCACCUUCGUGCUGUUCCUGCCUUGCUCCGCAACAAGCCCCAGCCCGUUUCACUCUUCUCGCUGCUCCGCCAUGAGCACAAGCACACCGUUGUUAACAUCAACAUGACUAUGAGCUCAUACGUCGAGAAGCCUCUCAGGGCCAAGGAGGAGAUUAUCGUUCAGUGUGGACCUCGCCGUAUGGUGGUCAACCCUAUCUUCUCAUCUUCUGACAACACUCCCAACAACGUGCACAAGUUCGAUCGCUUCCUGCAUCCAGGCCGUAGCGCCAUCGCAUCCUGGAUUGGACCCAUGACCUGGGGUGCUGUCCCUGUGCUUGUCUUCAAGAACAAGCCCGUCGAGCAAGACCCUGAGGUCCUCGACUCAGCGGACGACAAGGAACAGCCUUUGUCCUUGGACCGACUCGAUCUUAUCGCUACUGGCACAGUCGUUGCCCCCGACCCAGCCCGUGUUAUUGCCAAGCGUGCUAUCCUUACCGGACACCCAUACAAGAUCCACAAGAAGGUCGUCACAGUCCGUUACAUGUUCUUCAAUUCUGAAGACGUCAGCUGGUUCAAGGCUCUGCAGCUCUGGACCCGUCGCGGCCGCAGUGGAUACAUCAAGGAGGGUCUCGGUACGCACGGUUACUUCAAGGCUACAUUCGAUGCCAAGAUCAACCCACAAGAUUCCAUUGGAAUCAGUCUGUACAAGCGUGUUUUCCCUCGCAAGGCCAGAGCUUUGGAGGCUGUUUGUGCUUAA